UCUGCCACUUCCUCACUCGUCACCAGAGCGAGAGAGAGAGAGAGAGGCUGAGUGAGUGUGUGGAGUUCCAGAAGAAAAGGAAAUGGCGGAAACAAACGGAGAUGAAACACUAAACGGAGAGGCGGCGCCACCGACUGAGAAGGAGGAAAUGAACUGGAGAGAUCAAACGUUUAUAAAGAUAGAAAAUCCACGAGAGGAGGAGACUCUGUACGGCGUUCUCCGUCGUUUCUUCGCAGAGAUCUUCUUUCUUGAUCCAAAAAAUUCCUCUUCUUUUCUUGAGAGGAUCAAAUCUUCCGUGUCUCACAAUGGUCCUCUGCUUCGCAAAGGUUUCAGGAACUCGAGCCGAGAUCUUCUACAAUGGACUCGCCGAGGCAGUGCUAUUCGUGCAAUCCUGGUCGUCUCUGUUGGAACUAUCCUUCUCCUGGCCUUGACAGGAUUGCUGGUUUUUGUACUUUUCUUUCUGGCGGCAACUAUCAAUGCAGUUAUCGUCUCUCUUCUCAUCUCUUUAGCUGCUGCAGGAGGCUUCUUAGCUAUUUUCUUCGCCUGUGUGACAGCAAUUUACAUUGGAGCAUUGUCGGUGGCUGCUUUUGCAAUUGCCACUGCAACAGUCUCAACAAUCAUUGCUGUUGUAGUUGCUACAGGUUGGAUUGGAUUCUUCUGGACUGUGUGGUUGGCAACAAAGAAAAGCAUGGGACUUGCUAAACAUUCACUGGUCAUGACUGGGUCAGCAGUUUCGGCAUAUUCUGCUGCCCUACAAGUUCGCCACCAUCAUGAAGCUGCUAAGGUUGACUGAAGGAAAAUUCUAGAAAGAGUUCCAUGUAUGUUGUCAUAUAUGCCUUCAGUCUUAUGAAGAUAGUGAUGGUAUAGCUUUGUUUUUUCAUGUUAGUUUCUUUUGUGUAUAUUAUAUAGUGUGAGACAAUCUGCCUUCCACUUGGAGAUGAUAGAAAUAAAAAACCUGUUGUUGUAAUA